GUCACGGAGCUCAGUAACGUGAAGAGCAUCUCGAGGCUGCCCAAAGGCACCAAGAAGCACGCGGUGGGCAUUUAUUUCAGUGAUGACACCUCCAGGACCUUCGCUUGUGACUCAGAGCUUGAGGCAGAUGAGUGGUGCAAGGUGCUGCAGAUGGAGUGCCUGGGAACACGAAUUAAUGACAUUAGCCUUGGAGAGCCUGACUUGUUGGCAUCUGGAGUAGAGAGGGAGCAGAGUGAGAGAUUCAAUGUGUAUUUGAUGCCAUCCCCUAAUUUAGAUGUGCAUGGGGAAUGUACCUUGCAGAUAACAUUUGAGAAUAUCUGUCUUUGGGACAUCCAGAAUCCCAGAGUCAAACUGGUCUCGUGGCCUCUCAGUGCCCUGCGGCGCUACGGGCGCGACCCAGCCUGGUUCACCUUCGAGGCGGGCAGGAUGUGUGACACGGGAGAGGGGCUCUUCAUCUUCCAGACCAGGCAUGGCGAGGCCAUCUACCAGAAGGUGCACUCGGCCGCCCUGGCCAUCGCCGAGCAGCACCAGCGGCUGCUGCAGAGCGCCAAGGACUCCCGGCUGCAGCUGAGGAGGAGCGAGCGGGCCGUGUCCCUGGGCACCGUGGUGGUGCUCCCAGCCCCCUGAAGCUCCACGGCACCACGGACACCUUCCCUUCGUGCAGCUCCGGAGAGGAGCCCGGGCACAGCCUCGCCGCCUCUGCCCUCUGAGCAGCAGGGCUGGUGGCACACGAGGCUGGAAAUGCACACAAGUCCAGGCUGGAUGAAGAAUUCCUGCAAUACAAAGGAUUUUUUAAACUUUGCCAAAAGCAGAAACGCUCCUGUGGAUGUUGGGGAGAGGAGCCAAGCCACCAAACCCUCUGGUGUAACUUUAAAUACGCUGGACGGAGAAGAAAUCACUCCCUGGACACUCCCACUGAUUUUGUAUGAUAGGUUUGUUGUAAAUACGUGAGAAUCUGCUGUUGUGUGGUUAUUUUGGCUCCUCACACCGGUUUGUGGCAAUGCUUCCCUUGAAUUAUUCCCAUUAUUGUCACCCUGUUCCUGAUCUCUGGAAUGGCGGCCAGUUUGAAGCAGCUCUUGGAUACAAUUUCUCCUGUUUGAAGACUUGAUUGAUUUCUUUUAAAAGAAUCUCCUCUUUCCUGUAUUUAUUUCCAUCUCUGUAAACACUGACAAUAAAAAAAGUCCC